UUCAAUUCAAAAUCGUGACUAUUUAUCGUAAUGUUUUUAUGGUUCUUCAGAAUACCAAACUUACAUUUUAAGUAAAUAAUUAUACUAUUAAAAUGCGCAUUUGUCAGUCUAUGGUAACUUUUUACUAUUCGACAAUUGCAAAUCAACAACUUUCUAAGUGAUGAGUAAUUACGUCUUCGUAUGUUUCAGGACUGAAUAUACCUACCAUGUUAUAACAAGAAUUCAUACUAACCAAAAUUUAAAUGGAACAUUUAACCUCUUCAUGCAUAACGGUGUCAAAUGACAACACCCUAUCUUGUCCGUGAUAAAAAUAGAAGCUCGAACCAAAGAGAUCCACAAACGCAUGGCGAUGUCACUUGACAACAGCAUGAAGUUUACCAGCCGUUCCAGAGAUCGCAGCACAUGUCUCAGCCGCUCCAGCAGCUUUAAUAGUGAAGUUCGUGCUGGUAUGGCGCCAUCUUGUGGUUUAUGAGAAAAUGAAAAUAUUUUUCACACAUUUAUGUGCGGUUUAGAAGACUGUUAUGGCGAAUUUAAGAAUGACAAAGGAUGAGGCCUUACACUAUUUCUUUUCGCUUGGAGAAUCAGAUAUUCCAUCUGGAUCUGAAGCCAGUUUCUGCAGCGAUGAAGAUGGUGAGGACUGUGGUGAAAGGCAAGAUUGUUCAGGUAUUUUUAAUUCUGAUUAUGAAGCUGCACAUAUACCGACUUCCAAUAAUUUGGUUUCCAACACAAAAGCUGCAGUACCCCCAGCCCCACCAACUGCAGAUCAUGUUAGGGAAAGAACUGUGUGGCAUGCUGGAAGAGACAAUGCUUUCAGUAGUAAUGUUCCCCCUCCAGCAUUUACUGGAAGUCACAGUGUGAAUGUUCAAGGAAAUGUUCCUUAUGAUUUUUUGAAAUCAUUUUUCCCAGAUGACUUGAUUGAUAGAAUUGUAUUUGAGACAAACCAAUAUGCCUUCCAGUGUGGUAAAAUAAAUUUCAAAGUGACGAAGAAGGAAAUACAAACUUUUCUUGGCAUAAAUAUUAUCAUGACCUACAUUCAUUACCCAAGUGUGAGAAUGUAUUGGAGUUCAAUUCAGGGUAUGCGGUUUGACUUGAUCUGUAAUGCAAUGUCUCUAAAUCGCUUUGAGGAAAUAAAACGCUUUCUUCAUUUUGUAAACAAUGAGUCUAAGCCUACAGAUGAAGCUUCAGAUCGUUUCUGGAAGUUGACACCUGUCAUUACUGCCCUACAUAAUUCAUUCCAUGCUGGCCAGAGCCCUGAAGAAAAUCUUGCAAUUGACGAGAUGAUAAUACCUUUCAAGGGCAGGAGUAGAAUGAAACAAUAUAUUAGAGGGAAACCAAAAAGAUGGGGUUUCAAAGUCUGGGUUAGAGCAAGCUCUUCUGGAUACAUACAGUGUUUCGAGUUUUACAGUGGGAAAGAUAAGAAUAGUCGCAGCACUUUGGGCCCAGUUGGUGAUACUGUAAUGAGGUUAUGUCAUGAUAUCAAAGGCAAGAACCACAAACUGUUCAUAGACAAUUUAUUCACAAGUCUACCAUUGAUUCGCAAACUAAGGAGUGAUGAUAUUUUGGUUUUGGGGACCCUCAGAAUAAAUAGGGCUCCAGGGGUUGCAGAGAAACUAGUUCCAGGAAAACUUCUACAGAGAGGAAGUUCUACAGUUGCGACAUCUGAUGAUAACAUUACAGUGGUUAUAUGGAUGGACAACAAAGAAGUUCACACAAUAUCUUCUUUUGCUGGAGCUCAACCUGAAAGUGAGGUACACAGAUGGGACCGUAAAGCAAAGGCCAUUUUGGAAAUACCGCGUCCAUUCUCUAUUGGAGAAUACAAUAGACACAUGGGUGGGGUCGACUUAGCUGACAGAAUGAUUGCUCACUACCCACAUGGAUUCAAGUCAAAGAAAUGGUAUUUGCGUGUAUUUUUCCAUCUCCUGAACAUGGCAUUGGUAAAUGCGUGGAUUUCAUACAAAGAAGCAAAGAAUGAAAAAAUUCCAUUUGUGACCUUCAAAGCAUCUGUGGCACAUACACUUAUUGCUCUUGGUACAACUGAAGUAAGAAAAAGAGGUCGACCGUCUUGUUUGGAAGAAGCUGUACUAUCAAAAAAGAAGACGGUACCACUCACAGUAACACCGCAGGUGCGAUUUGAUGGCUAUGAACACUGGCCUAAGAAAGCAGAAGGACGUGAAAUGAGAUGCCGUAAUGAUACAUGCAAGAAGAGGACACGAUAUAUCUGUAGCAAGUGUCAGGUGGCUGUUUGUCCAGACUGCAUGCAAAGUUUCCAUACACAGUAAAAAGGGUAAAUUGUCAUAGCAAAAAUAUUUCAACUAAAAAAAUGACUGUUAUUUCUCAAGUAAUAUGAUUUGUGUUUAAUACUGCGUGUAACUUUCAUGUUCUAAGUGUUAUGUCUUUAUUCACAUUCUAUUUAGUCAGAUACUUGUUUUAAUUGUAUUACGUUUGUAAUUAUUUUAUCAAUUGCUACGUUUUAUACAUCCUGUAUAAUGUUGUACAUAAAUGCAUGGUGGUGGCAAAUGACAACACAUCAAUAAAUCAUAAAUUAUUAAUGUAAAAAUUCUGAAAAAAAUUAUUUACUUCAUUAUUUUAGUAGUUCUUUCAGAAAAAUUCAAAGCAAAAUUUUUGUAUUUACAAUUUCAUAAUUCAUGCAUGAAGAGGUUAAGUUUACUUUGUAUUCUAUGCGGUAAAGAUGCGGAAGGAGAUACUGUUGUUGUUACAAAAGGGUUGAAGACAAUAACAGAAGCAAGCAUUCUAUGAAAGGAUGGGCUCCACGAGAACUUGAAAGGAAAAUCAAGUGUUCGAGUACACAAACCGUGUAGGUAAAACUAUACGAGACCAUCAAGUAUUAAAGCUGCAACUACAUCAUCACUAAGUCCUCCUUCAAAAUUAUCGCCUGUUUUGCGAAGUGUAGGAAAUAAUUUUGACUACAAAAAUGAUUGCAUUUUUUUUUGUGGGGAAGAGGCAAUUGUCGAUUCUGCUUUGUAUCGUAGGAAAAAAGUUCGUAUGGUAGCAACAUUAGAAAUUAAAGAUAGUUUGUUGCAGAGAUGUGAAGAUCGGAGCGAUGAAUGGGGAGAUCAAGUGAAAGCACGCAUUUUAAAUGUAAGUGACCUUGUAGCCCCAGAAGCACGAUACCAUAAAAACAGCCAUGACACUUUUUCAAAGACAAACCCAAGUGAAGGAUUUGUGGGCAGACCAAUGACGGAUAAAGAAUAUUUUUUAAUGUUGUGCAGUUACAUUGAACAAAGCGAUGAAUGCCAAUAUUCAAUUCAAGAGUUGCAAGAUAUAAUGGCAUGCAUUUCAGGGAAAAAAGGUACAUAUUCCGACAAACACCUGAAAUAUCUUCUUCUAGAACACUUUAAAGAACGCAAUAUGGUAUCUAAUGUCUCAGGUAGAAAAAAACAUUGUGUGUUUGUCUGAUACUGUCCAUAAAAUUUUUGAGACCUGGUACAAAGAAAGAGAUAGGAACCUAGAUGGGCCAUUCCAUUGUCACGGGUGGGACACUUGUGCAGCAUUUAAUUUAUUCAGGGAUUUAAAAUAAGCUUCAAAAAAUAUUUAUUGUAUAUUAUCUUUGCAGUGUGUGAACUACAGUCACAAUGCUAUUUAUUGGUUAAUGGUUUACUUUUAAAUCUUCUUAUGAUAAUUAAAUACUAGUGCCUAAACAUUUGUCACGGGUGGGACAGAAAAAAGACAUAGCCUUAGACACAACAAGUUUCUCGGAAAAAACUGUGAAUUUAUGAGUGUAACACAAUUGAACUCAUAAUAAUCUUAUAUGGGAGGCAUUGAUCUAUACAUUACCACAUGAGAGGAGGAGCUAAAACACUAAUAUUGAAAAUAAUAUACAACUUUGUUCUGUCACAGGUGGGACCACUCCGUGUCACGGGUGGGACACAAUGAGAAUUAAUCAAGUAAAUAAAAUUUUAGACCAACUAAAAACUGCAUGUUUAACAGUGAAUAACUUUGAAAGACAAAUUCUACACUUGUGAGAAAUUAAAAAUAAUAUAAUCAAAGUAAUAGUAGUAACAAAAACAAAAUGCCCAAAAUAAUAUGUUGUUGGCAAAAGUUUUCUUUUUAACUAAGUUCAUGUUUGUUCAUAGACAUCCAACUGGCAAGGAAAGUCAUAAAUAACACUAUUUCUUAUGUUUUUCACUUCAGGUGUUGGCAACAGAGAAAGAACCUGUUCAAAUUGCACAUAGGAGACAUAUUUUUCAUCGGCCCUAAAUAGUUUGCCACUCUCUCCAACAGUUCUCAUGCACAUGAUUUUCAGUUCUCCAUCACCUUCUACUUCACUUUGACAAAUGGCUGCAUACUUAUACUUGACAGCAUUCUUCUUGCUGGUCGUGACGAAUUCUACGAGCAAAAAUGUUCCUGGCACUACAUUGGCAACAUCUGGUUUUGCAACAAAUUGAAGAACAUCUGGUUGUUCUUGGGAAUCUUUGCAGCACUGGCUAUUAUCAUCGUGAUUAUUUUCAGAAUCUGAGUACACAUCUGAAUAUCUUAGUUUAAAGACUCUACAUUUCAAUACUUGCAUUCUUUUUCUUUUGCCUGUAUUUUCUUUUUCUGUCAGCAUCUUUCCGUCUUCUUUCCUUACACAGCCGAAUAGAUGACAUUUCUUUCCUUUUCAUCUUCUCUCGCCGGAUCCUAUCUCUUUCUCGUUCCUUUUCUCGAUGACUUCUAUAUAUUUUCUCAUCCUCUUUAAGCUUUUUUCUGAGCUUUCUCAUCCUCUCAGCUGAUGUAGUUUUCCCCAUGCCUGCACAAACAAUACCCCAGAAAAUUGUAGAUAUAUACUGCAAUACAUUUUAAAGACAAAUUUAAACCAAUUAAUGAGAUCAAUAAUUAUUACCUACAAUAUUGGACUUGAAAUUAAAACUGCAAAAUGAGUUACUGUACUAUUGGCAUAAUUAGGAAAAAAUGUCAAAAAGGAGGGCAUUGUCCUCUUUUAAAAUAAUAGGUAUAAUCUAUGAAUUUAGCUGACAGUUAGUUAAUGCAUCACCAGCGCCACUGAUCUUGUCACGGGUGGGACAGGUCAAAAUGUUUAUAUAUAUACAUAAUUGUACUAUCUUCAUCUGUCCAAAUUUUUUGCAACAUGAUUCACUCAACUAAAUCCUUACUUCCACAACAUUAUAACCCUAACCUCAAACUGGGUUUUACACAAGAUACACUUAAGUAAGUUUUUUGUCACGGGUGGGACAACUAAGCACAUGCUUUUCUUUUUUCGAUAAUAUCACAAAAAUGGCUUACCUUACAAAACAAACUUCAUAUGCAGCUUGAAGAACAAGAUAUUAACUUCACUAUGAAUAAACUGAGAACACUGAAAGUAAGUAAUGAAGUAUCUACAAUGUUGCCAAACUAGACAACAAAAAUUGUGUCACAAGCUGACAACUUUCAACACUUAAGACACAACCAAUUACUUUCAUACAUUUAAAUAUAUUUUCAACUUUUUUGUUUUGGCAAAUUAACAUAGCAUAUAUUUACUUCUCAUUUCCCUGAAUAAUAAACAAUUAUUCACAUUUUUAAAAUUUUGGCUCCAGGCUCACUUUGUUAUGGAAUGGCCCAGAUACAGAAAAACUUAGGAAUGUAUUGGCUGCAGCUGACAUCAUUAAAGAAGAUAUUCAAAAGAAGGCAUAUGAUCAUGAAACAUAUCCAGGUACCAGUGACAUUACAUGUGGAGGAGAACAUUUAAUACCAAAUACAUUAGCUGCUUUCACACAAAGAGUUACGAAAAAUAAAAACGUUUCAGAGUUUUAAAUGGUAGACAGAAAAUGUGUAGUCAUAAACCAUGCUAUUAUAUCAGCUGUAAGACCCAGAUCAUUUUUGUUACCACUUCACAUUGGCUUAGCUCUAACACUACAUCGUUAUCUUCUAUGGGUAUUUGUGCAUCCUAUUAAGAAGCUUCCGUGUACAUUAAUGCUCUCAUAAAUUCAGGAUCACUAAAUGUCAAUGAAGAUGCUUUCAUACAGCAUGAUUUUGAUAAUGCUGAUGUCAAUGUUCGAACACUGGAUGGCGUGAACACGUUUCAUGCAAUGGGCGGGGUCCAAACUAUUACCCCAGAUUCUAGUGUUGAAACUCAAGUAAAGGUUGCAUGGAAAUCUUCUGGAACAUUUAAUCCAGAAAGCAUUAGGAUACGAUCUUACCCAAAGAAAAAAGCCCACAACGGACUUAGUAGCAUUACUGUGAAAGACUACAACGAAUUAAAAGCUGAGCUGAAAAAUUCAGACUUCACAGUAGCAACCAUGUUUCCUCUAAACUAUAUUUGGCUUUCUGGAAUGAAUGUCCAAGCAGGAUGGAAUGGUUUCAUGAACCCCAUUAACAGCAGAAGGGGAAAAUGUGACUCAACAUAUGUCAUGGCUCUUCCAUUUAUUAUUUUGGAUAAGUGUGUAAGAGAAGCUGGAUGCGAGAGAAACGUACUUAAGCCAAUUACCACAUCUAAGCCUUUUGCACCAAACGAUCUGUUGCACUUAGUGUCAUGUUCAUGUAAAUCUGCAUGUGGGAACUAUUGUGGAUGUCAAAAGACAGGUUUACAUUGCUCAUCUAUGUGUGAACACUGCAAUGGUCUUUCGUGUAACAAUGCAACAGCCAUAGAUGAAGAUGAAGAUGCAAUUGAUGAUGUAUAAUUAUGUAUGUAGGCGUUGAGUCGAAAACGUUAUGAAUAGAUCUGUUUGUAAAAUACAUUGAAGUAUUUUUGUUGUAAGUAGAAAUUGUCUAUACAAAUUAAAUAGCAUGAUGUGUAAAUAAUAGCAAAGUUUUUAAAUGAAAAAUGCACAUAAAGAAGUGAAUAAUUCAGUAAA